UCAAACGGAUUGCCGCCUUACCGGUGUCAAAGCUCAAUACAGUAAGAACGAAAAUAGUAUGCAUGUGUAAUUUGAGAUUCUUCAGCUAGCAGCAAUAAUAAGAAGAUACUUGCUAUUAUUAAGGCGGUAAACAGAAGAUCGGCAAAGUAUAUGCAAGGCCCUUGAAAACAACAUGAAGCGUCGAGUAAAUGAGAGUACUAUCCCUGAAGAACUUACUGAAGAAGAACGUAAACUGUAUGAUCGCCAAAUUCGCUUAUGGGGCCUUGACGCUCAGAAGAGGCUAAACAAAUUUCAAGUCUGCAUUGCUGGUCUCACGGGAUUGGGCGCAGAAGUGGCAAAAAAUGUGAUUCUUGCCGGAGUGUCUCGCGUUGACCUAGUCGAUCACAAGAAUCUAAGCAAGGAAGAUCUUCGUUCUCAAUUUAUGGUAACCCCUGAAGACGUUGGGAAGAAUCGGGCUCAGUCGUCGCUUCGUUAUGCACGUCGUCUUAACCCAAUGGUCGACGUCAGAGUGGAAGAAGAAGAUAUUCUUAACAAGGACGAAAAAUUCCUAAAGACAUUCGACAUGAUCGUCAUUUGUGACAUGAUUCCCACGCAAAAGGUGUUUGAGUUUAACGACUUAUGUCGCAAAAACGAAAUUAAGCUUAUCGUCGGCCACGUUCUCUCCGGGUUAGGCUAUUUCAUGAGUGACCUUAUGGAUUUUAAAUAUGUGCAUGAAACUAUAAUCCAUUUAAAGGACGGUAAAAAAUCAAAACACGAAGAGAUGUCCGAGCGGUUUCCACCUCUCCGGGAGAUCCUUAAUGCAAAAUUUGUUAACAAGAGGAGUGGAGGUGCCCUGAACAAGCGGUCUUCUCGACUUGCCUUUCUGUUCCAUCUUCUGUUAGCGUUUUAUGAUAAGCAUAUCCCAAAGGCAGUAACCAAGGAGCAACUAGCGAAACUUCUGCCUGAGGUAGCAGCCCGACUCGAAGUGGGAGAGGAUCUAUUUGCCCUGGAUUCCCUAGAUGAACUCCUGCAGCUCGAACCUUGUCCUGUUGCUGCUGUUCUCGGUGGAGUGCUCGGUCAAGAAGUGAUUAAAGUGGCCUCACAAAAUUGCAAGCCCUUCUGUAAUGUAUUCCUUUUUGAUGGUGACAGCUGCGUAGGAACCGUAGAACUGUUCAAAUGAGCGGUGUCCAAAGAGGG